AGAAGUCAAUCGAUGCUAACUUUCGAAGGACUAAAGUUUCAAGGUGCAGAACUUAUCAUUGAAAAAUUGACGUCACUUCCUUUUCAGCAAGUUCAGCACAGAAUAGCUACCAUAGACGCUCAACCGAGUCACCCGAGUCUUAAUGGUAUUUUUGUUUGUGUUACUGGCGAAUUACUGAUUGACCAAGAAACUAAUCCGACAAGAUUUACACAAGCCUUUCAACUUAUUCCUGAUGGCACAUCCUACUUUGUUCUUAAUGACAUUUUCCGCCUGAAUUACGGUUGA